AUGUCUGACUGGUGCAACGUCUGCGACAAGUUGCUAAGUCUGCUUCAAGUGCCAGUUGGUCGCCCUAGUCAUCCAGAGUAUCGCAUAGAUUGGGACGAGGUCUUGGCCUCUGUAUGCCCCUAUCAUCCAAAGCUGCUUGCCACCAUCCUAGGUGUCGACCUAAAGCCUAACGCUGCUGAAGAUAUAUCUGUUCUUCAGUUUAAAGGAUAUGACCACAUCCAAAUCGUCGCCACUGUCAAGUCUUCAGAUGGUGAGAAGCAAUUCGGAUCAGGGGAACUACAACUGCUUUCGAUAGCACAAGAUGGUCGACGAACCGACGGCCCAGGGAAACUUGUCAACCUACAAUGGAUUCAGCCCGGUCUGGUUAGACGAUGGAAGGAGAAAUGCCUUGCUCUACAUGGAAAUACUUGCGGGUCGGAUUCGGAAUUCGGCCAUGGAAUUCAACCAACAUGGGUCAUCGACGUUCAGCGUCAAUGCCUCGUGCGACCAUUGCCCUCCGACAAGUACGUGGCUUUAAGCUAUGUAUGGGGCAAAGUACCUACUUUCAUGACGAAACUCAACAACGUUGCUCAGCUACAGAAGCCCUCGUCGUUGGCUGCUGGCAAUACGGACAUACCCAUCCCAAGAACCAUUCGAGAUGCCAUGAGCUGUGUUCAAGAGCUUGGUGAGCGAUAUCUUUGGACGGAUUCUUUGUGUAUCGUUCAAGAUGACUUUGCACUGAAGAGCACCGAGAUAAACAACAUGGCGGCCAUUUACUCUAAUGCUACCUUGACGAUAAUUGCCGCUGACGGAGUCGACGCUGACAGUGGUCUUCCGGGGCUUGAGGGCCUCACUGCAUCGAGGUUUGCAGAACAGAAGAUUCACACAUUACGGCCUGGGAUUGAGGUCGUCGAGAGCAUCGGACCUUCUCCUGGGCUAUUCGCAGAACCAACAAAAUGGAGCACGCGCGGAUGGACUUAUCAAGAGUACGUCUUCUCGCAGCGCAGGCUUCUAUUUGAGGGCGGCUGGGUGCGAUGGAUCUGCGCCAGUGAUACCUGGUGUGAGGUUGGAGAGGCGCGCGAUGCAGAUGGUGCUGGAAAUUUGGACGUACGAAGAGCCAUCUCCAGGCCUGUUCCUAAUCUGGAACUGCUGAACUCCAUGAUCAAUCAGUACAAUAGGAGGGAUCUGACGUAUCCAGAAGAUGCCCUGAAUGGACUGACUGGCGUUCUGAACGCUUUUACGCCCAGGUUUGGCGGGGGAUUCAUCUCUGGCCUCCCGGCUGCCAUAUUUCACAUAGCAGUCCUGUGGGAGCCCUUUGAUACGCUCACUCGUCGACAGGCAGCAACAUCUUCACAUACCGACGUCUGCUUGCCGAGCUGGAGCUGGAUAGGUUGGAAAGGCGGCCUAGCGCCAUUCGCCUGGUCGCCGGCCUUGGAGUUUGUGAGAUCAAGCAAGAUCAGGGAGGGAGCACGUUUCUUUGACAGAGUCAAGCCUCUUGUUGAAUGGAGCUGGAAGAAGGACCUCAAAGCGGAAAGCAACCGAGUUUAUUGCACUUGGUUCGAAUACCAGAAGAAGUUCGCUGAAACAGGUUUAGAUUCAUCACCUCCUUGUCCUCCAGGCUGGAUGAGACACGAAGCCAAACCUCCGGCUUCAGAGGAGGAAUUCAUCUACCAGGGACCAAAACCGGGUUACCCACCGGAUUAUUUCUACAAGCACGAAUCCGAGCCAGAGUCUGAGUUUUGGUAUCCAAUUCCAUUGCCAGACGCAUCACCUUUGCCGGCAACCCAGAUAGCUGCGCCGUUCAUUUCUUGCCAGACGAAAAGAGCGUUUGCAUAUCGCGGCGAGGUUAUCACACCGACGUAUAGAAGAGGCGGUGUCGUGAUAUCGCUUCGAGAUGUGACAUCUACUUGGCUUGGGGCUCUGCGGCUGCAUGAAAGACCAACAUGGAUGGACGGAGGUACGGAUGAUAUCAGUAACCAACCCAUAGAACUGGUCGAGAUCGCCCUUGGGUCUGUUCCGGAGGAUGCUCGAAAGUGGCUGCCGUAUCAUCAGGUGCUAGACGAAUGGGAUCAUGAGGAGAGGCCAAAGAGUGGUGAUGUCUACAAAUAUUACUUUGUCUUGUGGAUUGAGAGGAAAGGUGAUGUUGCGUAUAGGAGGGGUCUGGGACGGGUGGAGCAGCAACUCUGGGAGACACAGACACUAGAGAGUAUUGAGUUGACUCUUGGAUGA